AUGUCCUCUCAGAUGUCUCCAACCUCAGACUGCUCGUCUCUGGUGGAGAUCUCCGUCUCCUGUUCUGAUCUUCUGGACAAAGAUGUUGGCUCCAAGUCCGACCCGCUGUGUGUGCUGCUGCAGAAGGACCAGGACAAGUGGACUGAGGUUGGCCGUACGGAGCGCGUCGAGAACUGCUCCUCCCCCUCCUUCAGCUCCAGGCUCCGCCUCCAGUUUCACUUUGAGACGGUUCAGAACCUAAAGUUUUGUAUUUACGACAUUGACAAUGAAACCAAGGACACAAAGGAUGACGACUUUCUGGGUGGUGUUGAGUUCACGCUGGGACAGAUCGUGUCCAGUAAAUCCGUGACUCGUCCUCUUCAGCUGAAGAAAGGGAAACCUGCAGGAAAAGGAUCCAUCACGGUGUGUGCAGAGGAGGUGAAGGACAACAGAGCCAUAGAACUGGAGCUGGAGGCUAAGAACCUGGACAAGAAGGACACGUUUGGAAAGUCCGACCCUUUUCUGGAGUUCUUCAAACAAGGAGACGACGGGAAGUGGGUCCUUGUUCAUCGCACUGAGGUGGUGAAGAACAAUCUGAAUCCAGUCUGGAAGAAGUUCUCGGUUCCUCUGCAGACGCUCUGCUCCGGAGACCUGGACCGAGAGCUGAAGGCGAGCUGCUCAGACUACGACUCGGACGGUUCUCACGAUCUGAUUGGCUCAUUCAGCUGCUCCGUGACGUCGCUGCAGCAGCAGAAGAGUUUUGACUGUGUUCAUCCAGAAAAACAGAAGAAGAAGAAGAGCUACAAGAAUUCGGGCAGCGUGCACGUGCGGAAAGCUGAGAUCCAGACGCAGUUCACCUUCCUGGAUUAUGUGAUGGGCGGCUGUCAGAUCAACUUCACUGUGGGCGUGGACUUCACUGGUUCUAAUGGAGACCCUCGCUCACCCCAGAGUCUGCACUACAUGAGUCCAGACGGAACCAACCAGUACCUGAAGGCCCUGUGGUCCGUGGGACAAGUGGUCCAGGACUACGACAGUGACAAACUAUUUCCCGCAUUUGGAUUUGGAGCCAAACUUCCCCCAGAAUUUAAGGCGGCGCAUCACGACUUCGCUUUGAACUUCAACCCCACAAACCCGUACUGCCAAGGAAUCGAGGGCAUAGUGGAGGCGUACCGGCGGGUCAUCCCUCAGGUCAGACUCUCAGGUCCCACAAACUUCAGCCCCAUCAUCAGCCAUGUGGCAAGCAUCGCAUCAGGAGCCGCUACCCACAACACUGCAGCUCAGUACUUCGUCCUCCUCAUCCUCACUGACGGAGAGAUCACAGACCUUGAUCAGACACGUGACGCCAUUGUGCGAAGUUCCACCCUCCCGCUGUCAAUCAUUAUUGUGGGUGUGGGGCCAGCCGACUUCAGCGCCAUGAAGCUAUUGGACGGAGAUGACGGCGUUCUGCGGUCCACAAGCGGCGAGAAAGUCCACCGUGACAUUGUCCAGUUUGUGCCAUUCAGAGACUUUGAAGAGGCUCCCCUUGCUGCUCUCGCUCAGUCGGUUUUGGCCGAAGUUCCAUCGCAGCUUGUUUCCUACUUCAAGAUGAGAGGAAUCCAGCCAAUCAAGAAAUGA